AUGGUUUGGUACUUUGCUUACGGCUCCAAUAUGGCCAGCACAACACUCAUACGACGGCAACUGAGCCCAAAAGACUCUCGGCCUGUCGUUGUGUUCUCUCAUGUUCUUUGCUUCGAUGUGUUCGGUGUCCCAUACAAGGAACCCGCUAUGGCCGGUAUUCGGGAGAGGACUCCAGUCGAUGACACAAAAGCGACGCCUUCGGUGCACGGGAUGGCUUACUUGCUAUCACGGGAAGAAUAUCAUCGGCUGAUAGUCUCCGAAGGGGCGGGCGUAGCCUAUGUCGAAAUGGAGUUGAUAGCCCGGACCUGUUCAACUGUGUGUACGGAGCGUGCGGCGACUUGUGAGGAGAUUCCGGUGUGGACCUUGAUGGCGAGAUUUCCAUUCCGGCCCGAAGCGCUUCCGAGCGUUCGGUACAUGGUAGGCACUGUGGGCCAAUGCUUUGAAUCUGAUCUGACUUCAGAAGGGACUAUUGAUUCAGGGAGCCGAACAAUCCGGCCUGCCAGCCUCAUACCAAGACUAUCUACGGGGUUUAACUGCGUAUCACAAAAGUCUUUCCAAGUACGAAGGACUCGGCGCGUCGCUCCUGGUCGGCUUUUGGAUGCCUUUAAUCAAUGGUAUAAUGAAGAGAGUCAAGCGGAGAACUAA